AUGAAAUCAGAAAACUAUCUAGAGAAAUCGAUUCCUUCAAAAGAAUCAACUCUAGAAAUACAAGAAAAACAUGGCCAUGUUAAAGAAACUCAAGUUAAAAGAGCCUUGAAACCUCGUCAUGUCUCAAUGAUUGCCCUUGGUGGUACCAUUGGUACUGGGUUAUUUGUCGGUAUUGGAACUCCACUAAGUUUAGCUGGUCCUGUUAAUGCCCUUAUUGCAUAUCUAUUCAUGGGUAGUAUUGUGUAUUUAGUUACUCAAUCCCUUGGUGAAAUGUGUACAUUCAUCCCAGUGACUUCUGCAUUCACAGUGUUCAAUGCAAGAUUCUUAUCUCCUGCUCUUGGUGUUGCUAAUGGUUAUAUGUAUUGGUUUAAUUGGGCUACAACUUUUGCUGUGGAGAUUUCUGUCGUGGGUCAAGUUAUUGAAUAUUGGACAGAUGCUGUACCAUUGGGUGCUUGGAUUGCAAUCUGUUGGUUUAUAAUGACCGUGGCAAAUUUCUUCCCUGUUAAAUUUUAUGGUGAAAUUGAAUUUUGGGUUUCAUUUGUUAAAGUUGUUGCCAUUGUUGGGUUUAUCUUGUAUUCAUUCAUAAUGGUUUGUGGUGCUGGUGAUCAAGGUCCUGUUGGGUUUAGAUAUUGGAGAAAUCCAGGUCCUUGGGGUCCAGGUCAUUUAGUUGAAAGUGUUCCAACUGGUCGUUUCCUUGGUUGGGUUUCUUCAUUGAUUAAUGCUGCUUUCACUUAUCAAGGUACUGAAUUAGUGGCAAUCUCAGCUGGAGAAUCUAAAAACCCAAGAAAAACAGUCCCAAGAGCUAUUAAUAAAGUUUUCUUUAGAAUUUUGUUCUUUUACAUCUUGUCUUUAUUCUUUGUUGGUUUAUUAGUUCCAUUCAAUGAACCACGUUUAAAUUCAACUAAAGCUGUUAUUUCAUCAUCUCCAUUCAUCAUUGCCAUUGAAAACUCUGGUACUCCAAUCCUAAAUCAUAUUUUCAAUGCAGUCAUUGUGAUCACUGUUAUGUCUGCUGCCAAUUCAAAUGUUUAUGUUGGGUCCCGUAUCUUGUAUGGGUUGGGUAUUUCAGGAAAUGCUCCAAAACAAUUCACUUAUGUUACAAAGCAAGGUGUCCCAUAUUUAGGUGUCAUUUGUACUUCAUUGAUGGGGUUCUUAGCAUUCAUGGUUUUAUCAGAUAGUGCAGCUGUUGGGUUCAAUUGGUUGGUUAACAUCACCACCGUUGCAGGUUUGUUUGCUUGGUUAUUCAUCUCUAUCUGUCAUAUUAGAUUUAUGCAAUGUUUGAAAAGCCGUGGUAUUUCUCGUGAUGAAUUACCUUUCAAAGCCCAUUUCAUGCCUUGGGGUGCUUAUUAUGCUGCGUUCUUUGUCUUUAUCAUCAUUUUCAUCCAAGGUUAUGCUGCAUUCUUUAGCUUUACCGCUACUAAAUUCUUUACCGCCUAUGUUUCAGUUAUAAUUAUGGCUGUCUUGUGGAUUGGUUGUCAAAUCUUUUAUAGAGGUCCUUUAUUUCUAAGUCUUGAUGAUAUUGAUAUCGAUACUGACAGAAGAGAAAUCGAUGCUAUUGUUUGGGAAGAUGAUGCUCCAAAAAACAUUUGGGAGAAAUUUUGGGCUGCUGUUGCAUAA